AUGACCAACAGGGUGAAUGUUUUGAUGGCCUGGACCUUCUUCGUCCCAUUCAGCGGACUCUUCAGGACCUGCCUGACUGGUUUCAGAUCUUUGUCCUGUAGAUCUUCAUGCUGUAGAUCUUCGUGCUGUAGAUCUUCGUGCUGUAGAUCUUUGUGCUGUAGAUCUUUAUCAUCCUACUGUAGAUCUUUGUGCAGUAGAUCUUCGUGCUGUAGAUCUUUGUGCUUUAGAUUUUCGUGCUGUAGAUCUUCGUGCUGUAGAUCUUUGUCCUGUAGAUUUUUAUCUUUGUGCUGUAGGUCUUUGUCCUGUAGAUCUUCGUGCUGUAGAUCUUCAUCCUGUAGAUCUUCAUGCUGUAGAUCUCGGUGCUGUAGAUCUUUGUCCUGUAGAUCUUUGUCCUGUAGAUCUUCGUGCUGUAGACCUUUGUCCUGUAGAUCUUUGUCCUGUAGAUCUUCGUGCAGUAGAUCUUCAUCCUGUAGAUCUUCGUGCUGUAGAUUUUUGUCCUGUAGAUCUUCGUGCUGUAGAUAUUUGUCCUGUAGAUCUUCAUGCUGUAGAUCUUUGUGCUGUAGAUCUUUAUCUUCAUGCUGUAGAUCUCGGUGCUGUAGAUCUUUGUCCUGUAGAUCUUUGUCCUGUAGAUCUUCGUGCAGUAGAUCUUCAUCCUGUAGAUCUUCGUGCUCUGUUCCAGCUCCAGUCAGCCGUCGUCCUCUGACCAGCUCAGGAACAUUUCAACCACCUGAGCAGGUUCAGGAACCCAGAGAUCUUCAGAACCAGGAGGAGGAACAUCUGAUGAAGAACCACAGGAGAACCGUUCCAGCCAUCAUCUAG